AUGUGGAAUUUGCAGGAAAAAAUGGCUGGUGCUGCUGCAUAUCAUGGUCCAAGUAUAGUGAAGGAGAUCAUUUAUGGGAUAACCCUGGCUCUCAUGGCUGGUGGCCUUUGGAAAAUACAUCACUGGGACCUCCAGAGGAGGACCAGAGAAUUCUAUGAUUUGCUUGACAAAGGUAAUAUCACCACUGUUGUGGAAGAAGAUGACUAGGAUGUUUUUACCACCAUAUGCAUAUAUACCUGGUAAUGAACUGAACUGCUUUGUAGAGGUUUAAGUUUUUUGUUUGAUGUCAAUGUAGGUACUCGUAUCCACUUUACUUUUCCCAUGUAGAUAUGCUUCUUUUCUUUGA